CUAUCUUCCUCACUUCCUUGUUCCCCCCUUCCCAUGAUUCCACGUUACUCAAUUCAAAACCUCCUGUGCAAUUUUGAUUCGCUGCUCUGCCUUCCUUUCUCCCCUCGAAAAUCAAUGGUCCAUCCUGGGCAACCUGUUGCCAAAUCGACGAGUUAGGGUUUCUGUUGGGUUCAGUUUUUGCCGGGACUUUGGUGGGACACUUUAAUCUCCGUCAGCCAUGGCCACCAACUUGCAGAUGAGCCCUCAGUUGGAGCAGAUCCACGGUGAAAUUCGUGACCACUUCCGUGCUCUCGCAAAUGGCUUUCAGAAGCUUGAUAAGAUUAAAGAUUCCAAUAGACAAAGUAAACAACUGGAAGAACUCACAGGGAAAAUGAGGGAAUGCAAAAGGUUGAUAAAAGAAUUUGAUCGUGAAAUUAAAGAAGAAGAGGGCAGAAAUCCUCCAGAAGUGAACAAGCAACUAAAUGACGAAAAACAAUCAAUGAUCAAGGAGCUAAACUCUUACGUGGGUUUGAGAAAAACGUAUAUGAAUACGAUUGGCAAUAAGAAACUUGAACUUUUUGACAUGGGAGCUGGAUCUAGUGAACCUACAGCUGAAGAAAAUGUUCAAUUGGCAUCAACAAUGACAAAUCAAGAACUUAUUGAUGCUGGGAUGAAGAGAAUGGAUGAAACUGAUCAGGCCAUUGAACGAUCCAAGCAGGUUGUACAUCAAACGGUUGAGGUGGGGACCCAAACUGCUACUACGUUGAAAGGCCAAACUGAUCAGAUGGGCCGCAUUGUUAAUGAUCUGGAUUCAAUUCAGUUCUCUAUUAAGAAAGCCUCCCAGCUUGUGAAAGAAAUUGGCAGACAGGUGGCUACAGAUAAGUGCAUCAUGCUUUUUUUGUUCCUCAUCGUCUGUGGUGUAAUAGCCAUUAUCGUUGUGAAGAUUGUGAAUCCCAACAACAAGAACAUCAGGGAUAUCCCUGGAUUGGCGCCACCGGUUCCCUCUAGGAGGCUUUUGUACGUAAGGAGCGGACAACAUAUUGAUUAAUUUCUAUUUUGAAGGAGCUUUCUCUGUCCUACCAUGCUGACUCCUAUUCUCAGUUUAUUGGAAGUCUGAGGAUUGCUCUUUGGGGGGAUUAGCUGUAUCAUUUGAUUUUUUUUUCCCUUGCCUGAGUUGUUCUUAUCCUGUUUGUGAUUUAUUUGUAAAUCACCCGAGGGCCCUUUUUGCUUUUGAUUGUCCAUGCUUCUUCGCGUAACACGUCAAAAUGUUUCAGCGCUAGACAGAAAGUUCCUUGGUAUACAUGUCCGUUUCAAAAGAUGUAUGGUUUUACGACACCUCCCCCCUUCCUUUUCUUUUCCCCUUUGUUGAUAUCUGUAAUUUAUGGCUGUACUCGAAUGUGUCUACUGGAUCAGCUUUGCACAUAAAUUACAUGUGUUUUCAAUGUCUCCUCA